AUUUUUACAGUAUUCAACAACACAUAAAAUAGACAUAUUUAUCAUGGAAGUAAACUUUGAAAAUUCUCAACAAAAUUUAAAGUAAGUAAAUGAAAACAUUAUUAUGUAAAAAAACCAAACUUAAUUGUUUAAAAGAAUACUGGAUCUAGAUUAUAGGACUAUUUGGAAACAAUUAUUACAUGAUGACAGUGGUUUACCUAAACAUAAUGUAUAAUUAGUCAAAAGUGGAUAGUAACAUCCAUAUCCACCAGUUUGCACUAUGAAGAUAGCCUACCAUAUGUAGCUGAUAACUUGGUUCUACCAGUUUUUUACAGCACAGCUUAUUUGUUUGUUUUAAAAUGUAUAGUUUUAAUAAAAAGAACCUAACCUAACAUUUCUUGAAAAACAAGUGUUUUUACCGAUUGUACUCUGUUAUUAAAAAUUCAUCAAAUUAUCCUCUUAUAUGUAGUAUUUAGUAUUUACUAUUUUAAUUUAAUUACAAUUUUGAUUUCCCUCAUUUCUUUGGCGAGUUAUUCCAUUUUUAAGUUAGAAUAAGGAGAAAUUAGUGGAACAACAUUUGUGUGGCAGCAUGAAAUACGGUCUUUGAAUAGUUACCGCUUUUUUCCUACAUCAACCUAAAAGUGAAAUAUCACAUUAAAGGGUCGAUAGAAAUCAAACAUUUCAACACAUAUUCCAUCCAUAAUGGUAUUUCCUAUGUAGGUACUAGGUAGGUUGUAAUUUUAAAAUUAAAAUUAGUCGCUCGUUUCAAAAAUGUUAAAAAAAUUGGUACAUUCCAAGAUAAUGAAUAUACCCACUUAUUGAUUACCUAUAUAUUGUGUUAAUGAUAAUUAAUUAUUAAAAUUUAAUUAAAUAUUUUUUUUUUUUUAAAACUAUUAAGAAUUAGAUUGUAUUGUGCAAAUUGUUUAAUAUCUAUUUGAAAUUAAAUUAUUCUUUCAAAAUUUAUUAUAUUAACCUAUCUAAUAAUUUAUAAAUUUAUUCAAGUCAGAUUAUCUAAAAAUCUAAAAAUGAAUUUUUUUGUUUCUUAUUUAGACCAAUAAAAGAAGAAUUUAUAUAUGAUACCACUCCAUGCAAUUCUUUUAACGAAAAUAAAUCAAUGCAAAUAGAGUGAGUAUUAUAAAUUCAGGAUGAAAAAGUCGCGGACAAAAAAAUCCACGAGGUUCAUUUUAACUUAUACUUAGUGAUACAAAAACAGUUUUCUUUAAUGUAAAAUAGUUUUAUUUUUUUUAUAAGCAUUUAAAAUUUUUAAAUUAACAGCAUUUCAAAAUAUGUAUAACUAAACUCUAAUCCGAAUCAUUUGUCGUUAGCAAUGGUUUGUUAUUGCGUACAGAUAUAAAUUAAAUAAUUCGUCCCCAGUUCACAUGAAUACACAGCAAUAAGUAAUAAGUAAUAAUAAUCUAUAAUAAUAAAAUAUGUAAUUUUGAUAUUCCGUUAUUUAAAAAUUCAAAUUGCUUAUAUAAAAAAAAAAAAUUAUUACAGAAGAGCAAACUAUUUAUCACUAAGUACAAUUUAUAAUGAAUCUCGUGAAAUGCUAAUUUAUGUAUUUUGUGCAAAUAACAAGUCUCUAAAAUUAUUUUUACGUUGAUUAAAUCAAAAAAACAAAAUCGUGCGACGAGACAUCUCUGCAACUUAUUUUGUAUUUUUUUUUUUAUCUUGUGGCUUUUUUUCCAAUUACUAAGUCUUAUGUGUGUAUAUUUUAUGUAUAAUUUAUAAUCUUAUAAUGUUGUUAUAUAUAAAUCAUAUAUAUAUUUAAGAUUCUGAGCAAAGUGAGAGGAAUGUAUUAGUUUUACAUUGAUGUUGUAUUUUAUUUUAUUUUUAUAAAAAAACUUCUUUUGUGUUUUUAUAUUAUUAGUUAUUUUUAUGAUUAUUAUAUUUUUCAGAUACAUAUCUAAUCAUAAACCUAAAGAAGUAAAAGAAGAAAUAAAUACCUACAUAAAAAAAGAAAUAGACAUCAUUGAUGGUUUGGUUUAUGAAAGUCAUAUUACUAUUGAGUCAGAUCCUAUGGAAUUAAUUCUAUAUAAAGAAUCACAAUUUGAAAAAAAAUGUUUUAUAUGUGCUAAUUGUAGUAACUCAUUUUCUUCAAAAUCAAAUUUAAAAUUCCAUAUGAAAACUCACAUGGCUAAAACACUCUACACAUCUAAAGUAUGUGAUGAGUCAUAUUCUACAUUAUCUGUAUUACAAAAUCAUAAAAAAGUUAACUGCCUUAAAAUACCAGAUCAAUGUGUCAUUUUCAAGAAGACUUAUACUAAAAAAUCCAACUUAAACAAGCGUGAAAGAAUUUGUACAGGAAAAAAUUUUUUUGAAUGUGAUGAGUGUAAGAAGAAAUUUACUCAAAGAUCCAACUUAAUGAGGCAUAAAAAAACUCAUACUGGAGAAAAACCUUUUGAAUGUGAUGAGUGUAAAAGGAAAUUUUCUGAAAAAUACCAUUUAACCAACCAUGCAAGUACUCAUACGGGAAAAAAGCCUUACAAAUGUAAUAUUUGUUACAAGAAAUUUUCUAGAAAGUAUACUAUAAUUAAUCACAUAAGAAUACAUACGGGAGAAAAACCAUAUCAAUGUGUUGAGUGUAAGAAGAAAUUUAUUCAAAGAUCUAACUUAAAGAAUCAUCUAAGAAUUCAUAUAGAAAAAAAAAUGUAUGAAUCUAAUAUGUGUGAAAAGUCAUUUACUACAAAUUCCAACUUAAAGAAGCCUGAAAGUACUCUUACAAGGAAAAAGCCAUAUGAAUGCAGUAUAUGUAACAAGACAUUUUCUGAAAAAUGUAUUUUAAUUAAUCAUAUAAGAACACACACAGGAGAAAAACCUUUUGAAUGUGAUGAGUGUAAAAAGAAAUUUUCUCAAAGAUCCAACUUAAAAAGACAUAAAAAAACGCAUACAGGGAAAAAGCCCUAUAAAUGUUAUGUAUGUAACAAGACAUUUUCUGUAAAAUACCAUUUAAAUGAUCAUGAAAAAAUUCAUACGGGCGAAAAGCCUUAUGGGUGCAAUAUUUGUUACAAGACAUUUUCUAGAAAGUAUACUUUAAACAACCAUAUGAUAAUUCAUACGGGAGAAAAACCAUAUCAAUGUAAUGAGUGUAAGAAGACAUUUAUUCAAAGAUCUAACUUAAAGAAACAUAAAAGAAUUCAUACAGGACUAAAGCCUUAAGAAUGUAAUGUGUUAGAGGAUGAUCUGUACAUUCAGCAAUUUACAAAACGAUAUGAAGAUUUAUACUAAUGUAUAAAAUAUUAUAACUCAUCUUUUUUUAAUAUUUUAG